UAGGCCCCUCACCAGCUAGACAGCUUUGCUCUGUUCCUCAAUGGCCUGCUCUGCUCUAGUGAGACAUCUCCAUGUUUCAGCUCAGCCAGGGAGACACAAAUCAUCCUUCUGUGGUGGAAAGGACGAGGGCUUGCCUAGAGCCUGAGAGAAGCUAGUUUAUAGAGACAGAAGGUCCCACCCCUGGUCCCUCAUUGGUCUGUUCCCAUGUAAAUCCAAAUCCUCUGUUUGAUUGACCCAAAAGGUACUGACAUGAUUGAUCAGAAUAGAUGUUGGUUGGAGCUGUGCAGCUCCAAUUGGAUAGGGAAAGACUCAGUCCUCCUGGUUGAAAUAAGAUUCCAGGAACUCCUUUAUAAGAGAUGGCGAAACAGCGCAGGGGCCAAUUCAGGAAGAGGCAAGCUUCGUAAGUGCAGUUUGCAUGCAGUUGUGUAUAAGUGGCUGCUAAGCUCCACUGUAAUAGUUACCCCUAAGUUUACCUGCUCUCAAGUUCAUAUCAUGUUGCCUCUGCAAUUUAGGUUGAGAACAGGAGUUAUCACAGAUCAGAGUCAUCUAGACUAAAAAGAGUUAGCUUGUAAUAGGACAGGACAAUCCCUCAAACAUUUGAAGUCCAGAUGAGGAGGCUGAGCCCAAAAUUCAGGGAACCAGGCAAGGGGAUGUGCACAUUCUUGCGCGGACAGGCAAGAUCUAGGGGUCCAAGAAUUUGGGCAAGGCAGAGGGGAGCAGCGGGUGGGAUGCACAGGAGCCACCUGGACAGCUGAGAUCAGGAUGCCAGCCUAGGCGGCUAAAAAUCAUGUGUUUCUUCCCAGGUAACCAAGGUUCACAGGAGCAGAAGUAGCAAAUAUUUUACAUUAGCUUAAUGUGCUCUAUCUCAUUUUUCCCCAAUGCCCUUCUGUCACCCCCACCCGUCACUUUAUAUACCUGGAUGCCUGCAACAGCUUUGUUGCUAGUCUCAGCCUAAAAUUGGUCCCUUCCUCUAGUGUAUAUCUGCUGUGUUAACCAUUCUUGUGCACCUACUGGUGCCGCUGAAAGUCUUCACACUGCCUACAGGACAAAAUUUCGCCCCUCAGUUUGGCAUUUAAUGCCCUCUUCAGUCUGCCCUAACCUCCUGCUGUUCCUGACAAGAAUCCUACUUCAAACAAAGGAGCUUGCUUACCCUACCUCAGAUGUGUCUCCAUACUUCCCAGUCUUUAAAGUCUAAAGGUUACAUAAUGUAUAAUCCUGUUUAUAUGACACUGGAAAAAGCAAAACUAAAGUUACAGAACAAAACAGUGAUCACAAGGGGCUGUGACAAUGCCUUGCCUAUGGUAGUUUGUUUAAAAGGGGAGACUUGUUCCUGAAAUAGGAUUUUAUCAUAUUCUUUGUGUGAUCAUCAGUCUUCCCUGAAACUCUAGCUCAGUGGCUCUUAGCUUUAGCUGCUGCUCAUUUAAAUCAUCUGGAGAUCUUUUGAAACUCUCACUCCUCAGAGUGGGCCCCAAACAAUAUAUAUAUAUAUCUCUGCAGCUCUUCAGGUGAUUCUGUUACCAGGACACCCCCGGUUGGGCCCCAGGUGCCUGUCCCUGUGUCCAACAAAGGCAGGGUUGAAUCAUAUUAGGCAUUUAUUGAGAAGGCUAGCCAACCAAGAAGACAGGUGUUUACAAGCCUCAGAUGCUGUCUUCCAGCAAGGUGCGGAAUUAUAAAGGGGAAGGGGCUAGGGUGAGGCAACCCUGGAGGUCCGCAGAUGUCAGCUGUUUGUCUUUAGUCACCAGGCGAUGAGAUGAUGUUUUGACUCCCGGUUGGUCGUUCUGCUGGCUGGAUUCACACCUGAGUCACCUCCUCAAUGGCUUCGCACAGACCUUGAGAAGGAAACUUAAGAAAAACCUAACCCCCUAUUCACAUAUGUAUAUGUCUCCUAAGAUUUAAAAUAAUAUGAUUACUUUUCACAUUAACUCAGGUGCUCUAUCAGAAUAUACCCUCUCCCUCUCUCUCCUCCCCCCAACCCCCAUCAAUUCCCGUGCAUCAAAGGUUGAGAAUCCCUGCGACGUCUCCACCAGGGCCCUUCUCAGCGGCACCAAGGAAGACAGGCUGGUGUGCCCAGCGGGGCAGCUCCCCGGUUAAAUACACUCACGCCCUCGGCUCUUCUCUUCUUCCGCGCAAGAAUGUGAACAUCCCCUGCUUCAGGCCCAGCCCCGUCCUCGGAACCAGAUUCUACGUCUCUGUGGCUCACAUCUCAGAACCAAAUUCCCGACUGUGGACAAGCUGUAGCAGAAACAAGCCCCUUCCGAGCGCCAAAAGACUCAUGUCCGGGGCGGUGAGAGCCAGAGGAUCGCAAAGACACCUUUCCCGCCGGAGGACUGGAGGACUGUGACACACGCGUGGUCGGCACUGCCAGGGUGACCACAAGCCCAGCCAUCCACAACCGUAGCUUCUCUUGGCGGCUACAGCGCAGUCCCGCUUCAGGGUCGCCUUUGAUUCCUUUCAGAGGCGCAGGCCUGCGCAUGUUUUACGUCAUCCUUAAGCGCGCCGGCCGCUGAGGCUUCUGGGGAAUGCAGUCCGUGCGAAGGCCGAGCUUUGUGGCGCAGGCGUUCCAGCCCUUUACGCAGACUCAUUGCUUUCCGGACCUGAAGAAGCGCCGUCUUCCUGGGUCCUGAGCGCUGAGUCCCAGAGUGAUCCCCAUGCCAUAGAAAAGGGACCAUACAAAGCUCUCCUGGGUCCAGCUGGCUGCUGCCUGCUUCUCCAUCCUCAUCCUUUCCCACAGCUCUGCUUGCAGCUAGACAUCUGCCAUUCUAAAGUAGUUGCAGUUGUCAAUCCUUUCCAUGACUCUGCCUUUCCUAAUGGAGAGCACCAAGGAGGGAGUGGCUGCUGUGGCUCCAGCUGCCAGAUGCCAGGAGUCAGUGACAUUCAUGGAUGUGGCUGUGAUUUUCACAGAUGAAGAGUGGAGGCAUCUGAUCCCUGUUCAGAGGGACCUCUACAAAGAAGUGAUGCUGGAAAACUAUCAGAGCAUCAUCUCACUGGGACUUCCAGUUCCUCAACCUGAUGUGAUUUUCCAGUUGAAGAGAGAGGAUAAACCUUGGAUAAUUGAUCUUCAUGGACCUCAUGAAGGAAGAUGGCCAGAGAACAUUUCUCUAGACUGGGAGACUAAGCCCGAGAUUCAAGGUGAGAUUCAAAGUGAUUCAGAAGAAAAGUCAGAAGAAAUUUCAGUGGAAAAGCUUGAAAGAAAAAGUCCUCUGUGUACUAAAUUGGAAGUUCCUGCACUAGAAGGUAGGUUGGAAGCAGAGAAGGAAAGUCCUACAGUGGAGACUUGUAAGAAAUCCCUUUCCCAGGAGGAAAGCUUGCAGCAAGGGUUAACCAGUCCCAAGAAAAUUCUCACUAAAGACAGAGACCAGGAAUGCAGUGAUUGUGGGAAGACCUUUUUUGAUCAAUCAUCCCUUAUCCGCCACCAGAAGACUCACACGGGAGAGAAGCCCUUUGAUUGUCAUGAGUGUGGGAAAGCUUUUUACAACCGUUCAGCUCUAACUGUACAUCAGCGAGUUCACACUGGAGAGAAGCCCUUUAAAUGCCGUGAGUGUGGGAAAGCUUUCAGUCGUAGGUGCAGCCUCAGCAGACAUUUGAUGUCUCACACUGGGGAAAGCCCCUAUGAAUGCAGCACAUGUGGAAAAGCCUUUUUUGACCGUUCAUCCCUAACUGUACAUCAGCGAAUUCACACUGGAGAGAAACCAUUUAAAUGCAGCGAGUGUGGGAAAGCCUUCUUUGACCGUUCAUCCCUCACUCGACACCAGAGAAUUCAUACUGGAGAAACUCCUUAUGAAUGCCAGUGUGGGAAAGCCUUCAGCCAGAAAAGCAUUCUUACUAGACACCAGCUCAUCCAUACUGGCCGGAAGCCUUAUGAAUGUACUGAGUGUGGGAAAGCCUUCUAUGGUAUCUCAUCGCUGAACAGACAUCAAAAAGCUCAUGCUGGAGACCCUCACUACCAGUGCAGUGAGUGUGGGAAAGCAUUCUUUGACCGCUCAUCCCUUACACAGCAUCAGAAGAUUCACACUGGAGACAAACCCUAUGAAUGUAGUGAAUGUGGGAAAGCCUUUAGCCAGAGAAGCAGGCUUACACGACAUCAGAGGGUUCAUACAGGAGAGAAACCGUUUGAAUGCAGUGUAUGUGGAAAAGUGUUUAGUUCUAAAUCAUCAGUUAUUCAACAUCAACGGCGCUAUGCCAAACAGUGAAUAGACUGAAUUGAGUGAAAGUUUUAGUCAAAGGGCCUCCACGAAAACUUAAAAUAGGUCUUUCUCAUCUUAAAUUGAUCAAUUAAUCAUUCUACCUAUUCUGGCUAACUGUUCUCCUUACCUGCCUCUGCUACCACAGUGUUUGAAUAAAAACUAUAUACCAUGUUAUAAAACAGAUGUGGGAUGCUGGAAAUUAGGGUGCAAUUGUAAAGAGUCAGCAUUUUGCAGACAUUUCUCAGACAGCAGGAUAAAUGUUAGGAGGUGAUCCUCAGACACACCUCUUAUCUGAGGUCCCUGGUGUCACUGCACUUUAAAUAACUGAGGCUAUAACAGAAAGGGAAAGACAGAAUUAUAUCAGAGCAGGACUGUGGUUUCUCAAAUAGUUCUUUUUAUAACUGUCGGUCCCUCUCUCUUGGAGCUUUUUUGCACACUGAUCUUUUUGGUGUCCUAACUUUUAGAUCUCUUUCAUACUGAUACUACUAAUAGCUAGCACUUAUUGAGCACUUAUUAUGGGGUAAACACUCAACUGCAAGGAGAUUAUUUGGUCCUCUCAUAUAAUCCUAUCUGGUGUGACUCUGUGGGUGAGCCUUAUGAACCAGGAGGUUCUGGUUAAAUUCCUGGUCAGGGUACAUGCCUUGGUUGUGGGCUCAAUCCCCGGUAAGGGGGCGUGCAGGAAACAGCCAAACAAUGAUUCUCAUUUUUGAUGUUUCCAUCUCUCUGAAAUCAAUAAAAAUAUAUAUUAUUAAAAACCCUAUUAAUAGGUACUCUUACUACCUGAAUUUUGCAGGUGAACAAACUGGAGUUUAGAGGGAUUAAAUAAGUUGCCCAAGGUGACCACUAGUGAGACCAGUUCUUAAAUACAGGUCUACCUUCAAAAUCUAUUCCUCUCACCAUUAUGCUGUAAAGUUGGUUUUAUAAUUUAUGUACAUGUAUUAUCUUCUUAACUAAAUUGUAUGCACUUUGUAGCUCCCAGUGCCUUGCAAAUAAUAGGUGCCCAAUAAAUAUUUACCUGAA